AUGGACCCCGAAGAGUCAAUCCAAUGGACCAUGAAGGGUCAAACCAAUGGACCACGAAGGGUCAAUCCAAUAGACCGCAAAGGGUCAAGCACUAAAGACCUCGAUGUUUCAAUUAAUCCCAAUAGCCAUGGUGUUCCUGAGAGGCAGGGCAAGUGGAAAGUUACGACGCAGUCUAGGGAAUUUCUCAAGUCUAUCAAGCGAUACUACAGUAAUGCUUAUACUGAUGGUGAAAAGCAAGAUGCGAUUAAUUUAUUUUUAGGUUACUUCCAACCACAGGAAGGGAAACCUGCACUUUGGGUGCUGGAUUCUGAUUAUUAUCUUCAUGUAUCUGGGAUAGGAGAUGACCUUUUUAUCCCGGAUAACAGUUCCCUAUCUGAGGCUAAGCUUAUGGGAGCAAGAACUACUUUUGCCCCUAUUUCGGCUUGCAGAGAGGACUUCUCACGGUUGAAGCUGACAUCAUUUGAUAAGUUGAUAGAGAGAACAUGCAGUUCAAUACAUAAUGUAAGGCUUUUCGGUGAACCAGAUCAUAAACCUUGGAAUUCUGGAGUGGCACCUGAUGCAGCUGAAAUACAACUCAAAAGUCCAAACUGGCUUUUUGGCCAGAGGAAGUAUGAGGAAAGUAACUGUGCACCCAAGGUGGCUUCACAGGAAACUGCAAAUGGAAGGUGUCAAGAUGAGAAGAGAGUAGAUGGCUUGUGUGACCUCAAGUGGCUUUCUUUUAGCAGUGAUGUCAAUGAAAAGGAUGUCUUUAAGAGUUUUUGUUUUAAAAGCGAACAAGCCGAACGUUGUUUUGGAAACAACAUUCCGAUGUCUAAGAACAGUUGGAGAAGCUGUGGGAAGAUACAUUGUGUGGCGCUCAAUUCAUGUGCAACCCUUUUGAAUGCAAACUUUUGGAGUACGUGAUAUCUUCGCUUAUCGAUAUGGGAGCUUACUAUUGAUAUCAAAACAAGCCACAUUAUAUUUGUUUUUAUUUUUUAUUUUUUUAUUUCUAUUGCCGAUACUAAAAAUUUGAGUUCUUGAAUUUCAAAAAUUAUUAGUAUUGUUAAAGGUUAUUUUAUAUAUUUUUGUAAAGAAUAUUUGAUUGACAAUUGUUACAAGGUACAUAUAUUAUUCUUGGUAUAUGAUUUUUUGAA